AUGGUGAAACUAAUACAUCCAAAGAAAAAGCAAAUAGAAAUGAUGAAAAAGAAUAUGAUGAUGAUGACGAUAAUAAUAAUAACAAUGAAGAAAAUGAAAACUGAUGAUGAAGAAACAAUGCAAGAUAAUCAAGAUGAAAAUGAUCAAACAAAUACAUCAAAAAUCACUAUUAAAGAAGAUGUCAUUGAUGAUGAUGUACCAGCUAAUCUUAUUGAAAAUAAAUAA